AUGGAACUCGACAAACUUCGCCUAAAAACCCUUGAAAAUGUUAUACCAAUAUGUGAAUCUCUAGUUGACUCAACCCGAUUAAUUCAUGACUCUAAUAUUCGCACACCAACGCGUCACCUCGACGAGCUCUUAAAAGCAUUAGAGACUGUUGUUGAUCCAGAACAAGUUUUCGAAAUUCGACUCAUUAAUCUUAUUACUCGUUCAUUGUUAGAGACAUUUAUUUCAAUUGUUCGUUCCAACAUUAAACCUUCACAUGGCUUCCUUGAAGGUUGGCUGAAAUGCAUGCUAUUUAUGCUCACAAGAACAUCAUGGGAACCAAGUCUUUCUGUUCAAGAGCAAACCCAACUAUUUCCACUUUUUUCAUCAUGCAUCCAACCUCCUUCUGCAUGGUUUACAGACAGAGUACCAGAAGAAAUACAGCAACUUGCUCUUCAAUGUUUUACGACUAUACUUCCAGCAAAUAAUCAACUCGUACCAUCAGCAGAUACGCUUUAUCGACCUCGACUGGAAGAACUUUGUAAAGAUCAUUGUCAACCAAUGCUGUCUUCAUGUGUAUCUAAUCUUCUCAAUAUUAUCAAAAGCGAUGUCGGGAGAGAUUUACGACUCAAUGCCCUCGAGACGCUGUCUAAACUCUUGCUAGAUAACAUCCGCCGAAUCAAUCGAAUCGCCAUUUUCUUUCCUGGUGUUGUAUCAACUCUUUGUCGAACGAUUUAUCAAAAGAAAGAGAAAGAAAACCACAAGAUCAUUGCUAAAACUCUUGAUGUCCUUGGUGAUGUGAUUCAAGCUGUAAUGAGAGACGAUAAAAACGAAUUGUUAAUUCACAAUGUACGAUCCAUGAGGGACCUUCAUUCCAUUGAUAUAACCAGUCUGCACAUCAAUAAAAAAGAUAAUGGAAAUACGACCACAAAAACAAAUUCAGACGAUACUAUUAAAAGAGCCACCGACUGGCACAUUUCAACAAAAGAGAAGCUCCAGACCAUGCUAAAAAGUAUCCUGAUUACUCAGACACAUACCGAAUGGAGAGCACGACUAGCGUAUGUGAGAUUUGCGAACAAACUUCUCUCUACUUGUGCACAAAUGCUGGAUAACUGUGUGGAUCUACUGGUAGCCACAUUGGCAAUGCACCGAGAUGACCCAUACGAACAAGUAGCAACUGCGUGUAAAGAAGCAAUGUACAAUAUCUCACAAUCCUCGACAUACUUUGAUACAGUUAUGCCUGUAAUGAAAGAAGAGCUCUACAAAAACAUCGUCCGCCUUCCUAGAUGUUUGAUAUCCGGAGACGGACAGAUGCAAAGUGAUGCUAUGGCUCUCAUAAUCGGCUAUCUGUUAUUACUCAGACACCACGCUGAGAGUGUGAUAGACACUGCCUUGAAGCGGAGUGCUGAUGGCUGGCUGACUGCCUUUGCACUAGACACAGACAGUAUUCAUGUGCUGGAUGAAAAAUCGGAGGGUAAAUAUAUUGACCUGCAGGAAAACACGCGGCUGCACGGACAGAUAUAUCCAAGAAUACACUUCAAAUAUCUUGUGACAGACCAAACAGUGGCACAGAUGGCACGCAUGCUUAAUGUAAUUGGACAAAACGGAGAUCUUCAACAUUGGAUUGACUUUUUCAUGCGCUACCUUUCUGCAGAGAACGCGGAAGAAGAAACACAGCCACAAGCCGCAUUUGUAGUCUACGCACUAUUGGAAGGCGGAAGCCUGCAGGAAGAUGAGCUCUUGUCGAUUGAAAAAGACACCAAUAAUAUUCAGGAUACUGCCCUUCGACUUUUACACGACAUAAUGUCUCUUUCACUUUCUAGCAAUGCGAGUGAUGAUCAAAAGGCGGUAGUGCAACAAUCGGCAUCGUCUCAGGGGCUGGACAGAGAGAGUGCACAGAUACUGACAAUCUGUUUUGAAUUGAAGAUAAUCGGAUUGGUAGCGUCUAUUCUUGGACAUGAUAUUAUCCAACAGGAGCUCAUCAGCCUUCUUUAUCCUCUUCUGGCCUACCUGGGUUCUCCAAACGUUUUUGUCCAUACAUUUGCACUCAUCACAUUAGACAAUAUUGCACAUGUCUGCGGAGAGCCGGAUGGGAAAGCACUUUCGAUUGCAAACAUCGACUAUGUAAUCAACAUGGUCUCACAGCGCAUAACCAUGUUGGUGACUAAUCCACGAGCACCGCUUGUUCUCAGGGCACUUGUUCGCAUUGGAGGCAUGGGCGCAGUUGUUUAUUUAGAAGAUUCGGUGGAAGAGAUUUAUGAUGCCUUGGAUCGUUAUUGGUAUGAUGACUGGCUGUGUGGGCAGCUCUGUGGCGUAUUAUUUGAAAUCAUCAAGGUUCUGCGCAGCGGUAUUCCGGACAAGCCUUUGAUUACUUCAGAUAAAAAGGUUUCCCAAAAGACACCAUCAGAUGGGGUGUCUGAUGAAAUCAAGGAAUUGAUUAGUCAUCCGUGGGAAGAUAAGGCAGACAAGUUGGAAGAUGAUGUGGCGACUUUGGAAGAGAUUGGCCGUUAUUUUAUUGAUCGUCAACAAAAGAAUGCCAACAAAGCACCAAAGUUGCAUGAAGUAUUGGAAGAAGAGAUGAUGAGAGAAAGUAAAAAGAAAAGUUUAGCAGAUGAUAAUGAGGAAGGCGAGCAAGAGCAAGAGAAAGAACCGGUAAAAGAUAAAAAGCCGAGUUUAUCCAAAGAACAAACGAUGACUCUAGGUAUUAUGAAAAAGGUUGGGAGCAUGUUGACUGCAAAGUCUAGCCACCUUCGAUCACAAAUGCUCUGUCUGUUGAGUUCUGGUGCGGUAGUGCUUGCUGAUCAACCUGUCAAACUCAAUACGCUCAUCAAUAGCCUGUGGCCCUUUAUAAUCAGUCGACUCGGCGACGAGCAUUUCGUUGCGUUUAAUGCGACAGAACUUAUAAAGACACUGUCAUCUAUUUCAGGAGAUUUCAUUUCCAAGCGAGUAGUCAAUGACAUCUGGCCUCGGUUUAAAUUGCUACUAGCCCAAACCACUCACGCUAAUGCUUUGCCUUCUUACUCGUCAUUCUCGUAUACGCAUCGACUCCAGUGCUGUAUACUAUCUACUCUUUCACACAUUGCACAACAUGUGCCACUGCCUCAAUCAACAGUUUUGGAGAUACUUGAAGAAACACGUUUAUUUAUGAGUAAUAAGGUCCGUGUAGAUCUUCAGCAAGAGGUGGUUGAUCUGUUCUUGACCAUCGGGAAUACUUACUCGGACACUGUCUGGUUUUGUUGUUUUGCAAUGCUGGGUGAGCAUGUAAGCUUAAAACCAACAAGCAAGUUACUUGCACCAUCUGGUCAAUCAGUAUCAGUCCAAAGACCUUCUGUGGAUAGGUGGCAAUCAAGAUACCUGGGAAGUAUCGUUGGCUUGGAUAAUCUUAAAUCUCCACCAUCAUCUCCUGGACAAAGAUCACCAAAGAAGAUACUAAAAAACUCCCCUUCGUUGGGGUCUACGAGAUAUAUACCUCACUCCAAAUCACCCAGACGUCCCUUACCGACCCUUGCUAUCAUUCCACCAGCAAAAAUGAACAACUGUCACUCGUGUAAUAAAAAACUAGUGGGAAAAACGGUGCGCCUACCAGAAAGCAAUGUACGAUAUCAUUGGGAAUGUCUUCAAUGCACCCAAUGUCACUUGCCAUUCGAAGACACUUCAUUUUACGUAGAUCCUAACAAGUCUAUAUACCAUCCAAAAUGUGCACCAUCAACAUACACCUUUAGAAGCUGUACGCGAUGUAGUCUUUCGAUAACAGACUCAUAUCUUGGAAUCCAAACUUCUGUUCUUCAUCUGAGAUGUUUUCGAUGUACUUCUUGCCAAAAAGUACUUCAGCCUUCCACAAUUUACACAGAUCUUAAGGGCACAUUCUGCCAGCAGUGUACAAAUACUACUCUCACACAUGAUAAUGAAACCUUGGCACAACACAUGAAGAUUGUUCCUCAGCCUGUUCAGCUCAGUUUACGGUCUGGGCCUCUAUCUAUGUUUGGUUCAUCGCUUUCUCUGGUCAGUAAUCAAACGGGCAGUACGACCACAAGUGCCUGUCCCAGUCCAAGCACCAGCAGCAGCACAAACCGUAGUUGUGUUGGAUCCCCACCAUCCGUACCAAAUUUGGUUUCACCUGCUCAUGAAGUCGUACCUCCUUCAGCUCUAAUGAGCAGUCGAGGUCGGCCGUUACCUCGGUUCGGGACGACAAAAACAUGUCCUGGCUGUUGUCAGCGGAUAGUAUCGAUCCACGAGGAAAAGCAAGGGCCAAAGGCAACUCGAUGGCAUAUAAAAUGCUUGGCUUGCACACGUUGCUCAAAACAGCUAGAUUCUGCUGCUACAGUUCUGGAAGAAAAAACGGGUGCUAAUCCCUGGUGUUCAGCUUGUCUUUUGUGGAAAAAGAACGACACAGAAAAUGAAUUUGGAAGGUCUAGCUUUUUAACCUUACCACGAAAACCUGUGAGGAUUGAAUAG